CCUUACACUGCGGGCAGACUGAGCAGGCGCCACAGUGUAGUUUCUUUUAGUCUCUGGGUCGUUGCAAAGUCUCCUGUUCACCCUCGCUUUCCACCUGCAGCCCCCAGGCCUGCUCUUGCAGUCCACUGCGCUCCCGGUCCCAGGACGGCAUGGCGAGGCCUCGGCAGCUCAGAAGUCUGGGGAUUUGCAUUGCCUUAGCGCUGGCGUCCUUUCUUGCCGGCUUUACUAUAGGCUGGCUUAUUAAACCUCUGAAAGAAACAUCUACUUCAGCUCGUUCUCAUCAGAGGAUGCAGUGGACACUGUUAUCAGAAAUGAAGGCUGAAAACAUUAGAUCUUUUCUCCGGUCCUUUACAAUAUCUCCCCAUCUGGCAGGAACAGAACAAAAUUUACUGCUUGCCAAAAAAAUCCAAACACAAUGGAAGAAAUUUGGAUUAGAUUCAGCCAAUUUGGUUCAUUAUGAUGUUCUCUUAUCUUACCCAAAUGAGACAAAUGCAAACUAUGUAUCGAUUGUGGAUGGCCAUGGAACUGAGAUUUUUAAAACUUCAUACCUUGAACCACCACCAGAUGGAUAUGAGAAUGUUACAAACAUCGUACCGCCCUAUAAUGCCUUUUCAGCCCAGGGCACGCCAGAGGGAGAGCUUGUCUAUGUCAACUAUGCUCGCACUGAAGACUUCUUCAAGCUAGAGAGAGAGAUGAACAUCACCUGUACUGGGAAGAUUGUUAUUGCAAGAUAUGGGAAGAUCUUUCGAGGAAAUAAAGUGAAAAAUGCCAUGCUAGCCGGAGCCACGGGAAUCAUCCUGUACUCUGAUCCAGCUGACUACUGUGCCCCCGAGGUACAGCCGUAUCCCAAAGGAUGGAACCUUCCUGGAACUGCAGCACAGAGAGGAAAUGUCUUAAACCUGAAUGGGGCAGGUGACCCGCUUACGCCAGGCUAUCCAGCUAAAGAGUACACCUUCAGACUUCAAGUUGAAGAAGGAGUAGGAAUUCCGAGUAUACCCGUACAUCCAAUAGGAUAUAAUGAUGCCGAGAUACUAUUACGAAACUUGGGAGGAACUGCUGCUCCAGACAACAGCUGGAAGGGAGCUCUAAAUGUCAGUUACAAUAUCGGGCCUGGCUUUACAGGAAGCAAAUAUUCCAGGAAAGUUAGAAUGCAUGUCAGUAACAUUAACAGAAUCACAAGGAUUUACAAUGUGAUUGGAACUAUCAGAGGGUCUCUGGAACCUGAUAGGUAUGUCAUUCUGGGAGGUCAUCGUGACUCCUGGGUGUUUGGAGGGAUUGACCCUACCACGGGGACUGCAGUUUUGCAAGAGAUUGCCCGAAGUUUUGGAAAACUGAUGGAUCGAGGCUGGAGACCUAGGAGAACUAUCAUUUUUGCCAGCUGGGAUGCAGAAGAGUUCGGGCUGCUGGGUUCAACUGAAUGGGCUGAAGAGAACGCAAAGAUCUUACAGGAGAGAAGCAUUGCUUACAUCAACUCAGAUUCAUCAAUAGAAGGCAAUUACACCCUACGAGUCGACUGCACUCCUCUUCUCUACCAGUUGGUGUAUAAAGUGGCAAGAGAGAUCUACAGCCCUGAUGAUGGUUUUGAAAGCAAAUCACUUUAUGAAAGCUGGCUGGAAAAAGACCCUUCACCUGAAAAUAAAGUUUUUCCUAGAAUCAAUAAGCUGGGAUCGGGAAGUGAUUUUGAAGCUUAUUUUCAGAGACUUGGAAUUGCUUCAGCCAGAGCUCGCUACACUAAGAACAGGAAAACAGAUAAAUACAGUAGCUAUCCUGUAUACCAUACCAUCUAUGAGACAUUUGAAUUAGUAGAGAAGUUUUAUGACCCGACAUUUAAAAAACAGCUUUCUGUGGCUCAGAUGCGAGGAGCAUUGGUAUAUGAGCUUGCAGACUCCGUAAUCAUUCCUUUCAACGUUCAAGACUAUGCAAAAGCCUUGAAAACCUAUGCAGCAAGUAUUUUCAGUUUAUCCAGGAAACAUGACCAGCAACUGAGAAAACAUGUGGUGUCAUUUGAUUCCUUAUUUUCUGCUGUGACAAACUUUUCAGAGGCUGCUUCAGACUUUCAUAGAAGACUCUCACAAGUUGAUCUUACUAAUCCUAUUGCAGUGAGAAUUGUGAAUGACCAACUGAUGCUUCUGGAAAGAGCAUUCAUAGAUCCUCUUGGUUUACCCGGGAGGCGGUUCUACAGGCACAUCAUCUUCGCACCAAGUAGCCACAACAAAUAUGCAGGAGAAUCAUUCCCUGGAAUUUAUGAUGCCAUGUUUGAUAUUGAAAAUAAAGCAGACCCUCACUCGGCCUGGGCAGAAGUGAAGAAACAUAUUUCUAUUGCAGCUUUCACAGUUCAAGCAGCAGCAGAGACCCUGACAGAUGUGUUAUGAAGUUUUUGUCAAGUAGCUUCAUCACUAGAAGUACUGCAGUGUUUGAGAGUCAAACCAUCAGAGGGAGUCUUGCUCAUAUGGACUCACUGGUAGAGGCUGCUGAGAGUCUGAAGACAAAAUCUCUUUUUCUCUGGUGAUUCAAGAGGCCAGGAUACUCUAAAACCAUGAUUCUCAGAUCAUGUUUUGUACUUCCACUGUACUUAUCUGUCGUGUUUUUUUUCUUUUUAAACUCUUGCAUGCAUAUUCGGUGAAACUGAAACUGGAAGCAACCCAAAUGUUCAUGGACAUCCAGGUGAUACACACACAGAACUGAUAAACAUCCAGUAUUAUUGGCAGAUCCUGCUGAGUAAGAAGUUGGGCAUGAAUGAGCCCAUAAGACCAAACUAAUCUACAGUACUAUUUAUCUGAGGUUUUGGAGAUAAAUGGAAUUUUCCAUACUUCCAGCUUAAUGUUAGUUACACAGUGUAUGCAUUUACCAAAGCUCAUCAAACUGUCAUUGAAAUGUCUACAUUUUGUUGAAAAUUAUGCUGAAGUAAAUUUGAUUAUAAAGGGGAAACCCUACCAAAGGAAUAAAAAGUCAGGUAAAAAAAAUAGAAAUAGCACAUCAUUGCUUAUAAAAUGAAAAAGGAAUACAUGAAGUACAAAUGGUACUUUGAUAAUUCAGUUCUAUUGAAUAAAUAUGUAAGUCUAACGAAUGAGAAAAUGACCAUUCCAACUCGCCACCUUGUUUCUGACAGAGUCUUGGGAUUACAAGUAAAUGCCAUUGAAGUUUCAUUCAGUAAGAAAAGAUGCAGACUUGGCUCAAUGGUAGGACUCUUGCCUCGUUUGUUCAAGAACCAAGUUUUUUCCCUCAGUACUACACACACAUGCAUGAAUAUGUAUGUAUAUACAAGUACAUAUACACUCACACAUUAAGUAAGCUUGAUUAUUUAACCACUUCGCCAAAUAAUUGAAAAUAAAAAUUUAGAACAGUCCUUUCCCUUAACCUCCAGGAGUAUCAAAGGUGAGGGUGUGGACAGAAUAUAUGAGCUGAGGAUGGGAAGGCAUGCUAGGAAAUGGUCUUUUGGACAUUACUGGUGUACACACGAAUGUGUAGCAAGUGUACAUUAUCUACACAAAUCAAGCACAGAAGUCCAGAACAGAUAGGGGAGGGACUCAUGAGGUCCCAUCUGUAAAGAAAAAACUACUGGCAGUUAAUACUUAGUAGAGGGGAAGCUGGUUUUUCAGGCUGUAGCCACUGGUAAGUUGCCCAUGGCCCAGUAAACAGACCCAUAGGCACUCAUAUGCAAGUGAACCUAAUUAAACUGAGUAUAUUGAGAAAAAGAAAAGACAUGAAAAUAGUAGGUUUCUGUGCUUAUGCUCUUGUACACUAUAAUGACUUCUCAUUUGUAUUGGUUUAAUAAAACUAUGAUUGGCUAAUA